GAGGUUUGAAGGGGAUAGGGUUCAGGAAUUCAGGGUCACCUGGGUUCCUCUCUUGGGUGACUUGCAGGGGACAGGCUGCUGGAGCAAUGGAGUCUUCAUCCUUCACCACCACAGGAUGUGGGUGCCCACAGGCUGUACCAAACUCCUGUGGGACUGGGGGACCCCAUGCAGCCAGGGCUGGCCUUGCUUAUCAGCCCCAAGAGGCAGAUUUCAGCCCAGAGGCUUUGGGGGGACCUUACUGUCCCCAAGAGGUGGGUCAGGAUCCAGCUGUACCCCAAUGGGAGCUUUUCAUGUCAGCUUUGUAGCUCCCUGCUCCAUGCACUGUACCUUGGGAACAGCCCUGGGCUGCUGAGGGCUGUGUGGACAAGUGGAUGAGGCAGCCACUGGGCAUGUAGGCAGAAGAAAUCAAAGGCUUAACCUGCCCCAGAACCCUUGAGCUGCCUGAGCCCUGUUGCAGCGGGGUGCCAGCUAGGGAGUGCACGUGCCCUGUGCCCCACACCAGUAGCUCCUGGGGAGGCCAGCUCCAGUUUGUGCUGUGGGAACCUGCAUGGAGCCCAGAGAAAACCACCAGCAUGCUGUGCUUGGAGUGGCUGCCUUCCAGUGCCUUGGCUUGAUGUCAGCGUCUGGCUGUGCCCAGCAUCCCAUCUCCAGCAGUGCCUUGGCCACCCCUGGUGUGUGGUUGUCCUGCCCAUGAAGGGACAAGGGGGAAGAAGUGUCCCCAUCUGCCCCAGCCAUCCUCAGGGCUGAAGCAGCACUGUCAUGCUAGGUGUCCAUGUCCAGUUGCUGGGAUCGCCAGGGUUCCAGAGACUCUUAUUUCAGGGCGUGGGUUUGCCCCACCACGAUACCCUCUCACCCUACUGGGGUGAGCCAGCAGUUCCUGCCCCACCGGCAAUGCACACUAAUUAGCGCGGGCAGGGCGGAAGCAUCACUGAUAAUUGGCAGUGACUCUUCAGCACGGAGCCUCACGUGCCUGGGGCACAGCAGGACUUUCCGGCAGGGCUGGUCUGUGGGACCGGCUGGCAUCCCAGUGUGUCGACCGCCAUGCGGGACCUGGCUGGCUCCCCAACACCAGAGCAGGGACAGGGUUGGGUGCAGGGUGUGGGGAUGAACAUUGUCAUCGCCUUCACUUUGCGCCACAGCACGCCCUGGUCCCACCACCGCUUCCUAAAAGGCACAGCUGUGGGGUGUUGCCAGCACAGAAGGUGAGAGCACGGGGACCAGGCGGAGGUGGUCAAAGGAAAGGCAGAGGACAAGGGUUAAAGGGGUGCCAAGGUUUCCCUUUGCUGGCUGGGCUUUCCUCGCGGGUCUCCUGUAGCAUCCACGUGAGCCCACAGGAGGGGACGUGCCGCACUUUGUGCCCUCGCAGGGGCAGGCACCCGUGGCACCAUGAACCGGAUCACGGUGUACGAGCGUGCCAACUUUGAGGGGCUGAGCCGAGAGUUCACCUGUGAUGUGCCUGACCUGCACGAGCUGGAUUUUGGGAACUGCAUCGCCUCCCUGAAGGUGGAGGGGCAGCCAUGGAUUGCCUACACGGACCCCAAAUAUGAGGGCGAGCCGCAUGCCUUUGAGGAGGGCGAGUACCCCUCUGUGGAUCGGCCCAACAGCUUCUCAGCACUGCGCCUCGUGCACCAUGACCUGGGGGACCCCCAGAUCACCCUCUACGAGCACCCCAACUUCCAAGGCGCCUGCAAGGUGGUGACAGAGGAGACCAACUUGGCGUAUGGGUACUUCAACGACCGGGUGGCCUCCCAUGUAGUGCAGCGAGGCGUCUGGCUGCUCUACCAGCAUCCCAGCCGGGGCGGCUGGCACUGCCUGGCAUGGCCUGGCGAGCAUCUCGCUGACUACAAACUGGAGCUGAAUUUUCAGUCUCGGCUGUCCCACCUGCGUCCGCUACGCCCCGGGCGGCCCCUGGUCUCAGCACGUCUCCUCUGGGAGCAGAAGCGGGUGGAGGAGGAGCGGGAGGUGCUGGUGGAUGAGAUUGAGGGGGUGAACGAGACAGAGUCGGAGCAGGCUCUGGCGGCCAGCAGCAGCCGGGAGUACGGCACCACACUCUGGCAGAGCUUCCACUUCAGCAAUGCCACUAGCCUCAAAGCCGGGCUCUCCUUCACGCUGACCGUGGAAGCCUCCAACAUCUUCACGGUGCAGAAAGGGCGCAGUGAAACCAGCACUCGCCGGCAGUGCGUGGAGGUGCAGUUGCCGGCGAAGAUCCCCCCACGCACAGCGCUCAGCAUCCAAGUCCUGCGGAAGGAGGUAACGCUCUCCGUCCCGGUCCUGCUCACCAUCACCCAGAACGAGAACGUUCGUACAGAGAUGGGCGAGUACCGCAGUGUCUCGGGUACCAAUGUCAGUGCCCGUUAUAGCUUGAAGCCACUGCCAGCUACGGGCAGGGAGCAGGCAGCCACCAAGGGGAAAGGCACAGUGCCUGGCACCAGGAUGGAGCUAUAGCUCUGUGCCAGUGCUAAGCAAUGGCUGUCCCCUCCAUGGUGUGGGACCCACUGCGACACCAGCGUUGACUCCAGCACCCGCCCACGGGGGAGCCACGACCUGCCUUGUCUGGUUGUGUCCGGUGGCUCUGGCUGGCAGGACCUGCCAGUGCCUCCUCCCACCCAGUAUUUCCAAUAAACCCCCUUCCCCAACCA